AGAAGAGCAAUGAGUUGCAAAUACAGUCUCUUAUUUUUAUUCUUCUGUGGCUUUGGUACACUCACUGUUUCAGAGAAAUUUGAAACAGAACUACUAGAGGGAACGUCCUGCACCAUUAAGCUGCCAACAAAAAAAACUGACAGCUCUAAUGAGAUCAAAUGGAUCCAUCUCUCUAGUGGACACUUAAUUCACUGGAAAAAUGGGAAGAUCAAGUCAAACACUCUAGCUGAAAUUAUGGAAGAAGAUGGAUCAUUAACAUUUAAAAGUGUUAGUCUGAAGAACAACGGCAAAUAUAAAUACACUGUUUUUAAUCAAGAUGGUAUAGAGAUUGGUACUGGAGAAAAGGAAAUUAAAGUUUAUGCAAAGGCUCCUAAACCUACGGUGACGAUCAACUGCAAAGAUGGGAACGCUACUCUCACCUGUGAAACUGGAGACCAUAAAGAUCUGACUGUAUCCUGGUAUAAAGAAGGCAAAAUCAUCCUAAAAAAACCUAAAUUGUUCUUGACAUUUACUGAAGAACAGGAGAAUAAACAGUACUCAUGCAAUGUAAGCAAUCCUGUCAGCAGUAACCAAAGUGACAGCAUUAGAGUAUCAUGUCCUACAAGUAAACGAUCAGGUCUUGAUAAACUCUUUGGCUUUGAUUUCUGGAUCAUGGUGAGCAUUUUAGCAGGUGGAGGAGCCCUUCUGCUGCUGCUAAUAUGUGUUCUUGCCAUCUGUGUGUGUCGAAGCUGUAGCCAGCGAAAGAAGCAUGAACAGGAUGAAGAUGAGUUCAGGCUGAGGGUUUUUCAAGAUGAAGCUCCUAAUGGUACAGCCAGAUCCAAACACACAGCUAGGGGGCAACCGGUGCCCCCCAUCCCGCAAGAAGACCCAUCUCCACAAACCCCAACACAAACCCAGACUCAGCCCAAAGCCCAGAUCCGCGCUCGACCUCCACCACCGCCUGAGGACGAUGAGGAAUAUCCUCCUCCCUUACCUCGCCCUAGGAAUAAACAGCACCGCAAGAGAAAUGAAGAGCCGUACCGACCAAUGGAAUGAGAUGCUUGUAUGUUCACUGAAAGACAGUAACAUGGGGCCUUAAUGGAAUGAUUUUCAUAAGCCAUACUGUGAUGGUAGGAGUGUCAUAAAGAAACAGCUUGCUUAAAAUGAAAAUUUGGUCAUGUACUCACCCUCAUGUUUUUCCAAACUUGUAUUAUUUUCUUUAUUUUUGUCAAACACCAAAGGAGAUCUUAGGCAGAAUGUCAAAAUCCAUACAAGUUCCAUAAACAAUAGUCCUUACGACUUGUGCGCUAAGUCUUCAGAGGUUAAUUUAUGUAAUGAUUUACUAUGCAAAAUAUUGACUCAAAAAUGCUACACUGUAACUUUUUUUUUUACAGCAUAAUGAUUGAGUACAUCUUCCAAACCGUGAUUUGCCUUAGUCUAAAUCAGGGGUGGGCAAACUUUUUGACUCAAGGGCCACAUCAAGUUUUCCACAUGAAGUGAGGGGCCGCAUAAUAUGUUUAUGACAAAUGAAGCUUUGAUUUUUUUUUUUUCUAAAUUGACACUCACUUACUACUGUACUGUAUGUAUGGCAGUUCUAUUCUUGUACCAUCUCUACCUAUUUUUUAUGAGCACUUUAUGACACACAGAUCAGUUGCAUUGGUGUACAAGUCGAUUGAUAUGUAAGACAUUUUAUAAUUUCAUUCAGAAAUAAUGUAAAAUAAACGAAAUGUUUACAAACAUUAGAAACAUGUAUAUUCCCCACACUCCACAAAAAAAAUCCUGUAAAUUUAGCAAUGUUCAGAAUAGAAAAAAAAGAACGAAAAUAUAAGAAAAAAACAAGCACAAAUUAUAGUGGCAUUCACUAUAAACAUAUAUUAUAAACGCCCAGCCUAAAUAUUUAAAGCGAAAGUGAAACUAGCGGCGUGGUUGCUGGAAAAUACACAAUACAAACUCGAAACAAACUCACUUGCCUUUUCUCAUUUGUCACCCAUCCCAAUGUGCGUGCUUUGCGCUUGACCUUGAUUGCUUUAUAGCCUGUUUCAGAUGAAACCUUUUUUUUUUUUAGAUGAAAAAAAAAAUUAUA